CCUCAAAAUAUAUGUACAGCGCAACCUCAAAAAAAAAAAAUCUUUUAACUUGAGAUUUCUAUGGCCAUGGCUGCGUGGUCAUGUUCAAACCAAUCUCCAGCUUCACUCUUUCCUUAUCCUUCAAAAUUCUCUACUAAACCCCUCAUCCAUUAUCACCCUCUAGCAAUUCUCUAUUGCCCCAAAAAUGGUUCUUUUUUGGACCCAAGUCAUGCAUUGGCAAUUGAAGCAAAAUCUUUGUUUUUUGAAACCGAUAUUGAGGAGGAGAGUAGCAGUAAGAUUGAGAUUAUUAAUGAGAAGAUUGAGUUAGCAUUGAGAAGAAAGAAAAGGAGGAAAAGAAGGUGUUAUUCAGAAUUUUUGGACAUGGAGAAAGAGGAUAAGAUUUCCAUUUCUAAACCUGUAAAGACAGGUCUCUACUUGACCCUUAAGGAAGAGUCAGAGUAUUCUUGGUAUCUCAAGGAAGAAGCAAGAAUCGAGACAUUGAGAAAGAGGGUUGAGGAAACAAGUGAGAUUGAACUAAAUCCAAAUCAAUUAGCUAAGGCUGCAGGAAUGAGCAGAAGAAGGCUAGAUAAGCUCUUGGUUAAUGCUAAGAUAUCACAAAAGAAGAUAAUUAAAUGCUAUAGAGGGCUUGUUGUAUCGGUUGCAGCUUCAUAUCAAGGCAAAGGAUUAAGCUUACAAGAUCUAAUUCAGGAAGGAAGCAUAGGUCUACUUCAUGGUGCUAAGAAGUUUAAUCCUAAGAAGGGUUAUAAGCUCUCUACUUAUGCUUAUUGGUGGAUUAGGCAAGCUAUUACUAGAGCCAUAGCAAACAAGUCUAGAGUUAUAAGAUUACCGGGGAGUAUAUCUGAGCUUGUGCCAAAGAUUUGCAACGCGAACACUGAGUUAAGCAGAAAGCUUCGGCGAAUGCCUUCCUACGAUGAAAUUGCAGAAGCUCUUGAUAUGGAUGUUUCAACUGUUAGACUAGUUAUCGAGAGAAACCGAGCACCAAUUUCCAUUGAUCAAAUAGUAACUAGCAAAGGCUACAUGUCAUUGCAGGAUAUCAUAUCAGGGCCUGAAGAUAUAAUACCAGAAGAAAUUGUGAAAAGACAAAUGAUGAAACAAGACCUGGAGAAGCUUCUGCACAAUGUGUUAUGUGAUAGAGAAGCAAAGAUUCUGAAAUUGCACUUUGGCCUCAAUGGAGAUACCCCUCAAUCUUUUGAGGAGAUUGGAAAAGUACUUAAGCUUUCGAGAGAAAGGAUCAGACAGAUUAAUUGCACUGCCUUGUCAAAAUUAAGAGAAAGUACUAUGUUAGACAGCUUUAAAAUGUACAUAACAUGAAUAUAUUCUGUAAAGGCAAGACAUAUUUUUAGCAUUAUCACACGCAAAAUUGAAUUGAUAUAUAAUAUAAAAGAUCGACAAAGAGUUAAUCAAUCA